UGACCUUUGCUUGAAGGCUGAGCGUGUCACAUUUCUCCUUUGGAUGAACUCUGACCUUCUCUUGGUGCACGCCAGGGACCGUCUGACUGUUACACACACUGUAAAAUGUAAUUAUGUAGAAGCAAUGUAACAAAUCUGGAUUUAGAUUGUUUCGCGCUUCUCGUGGCUUAACAUCCCUGCCCCAACCACGAGUAACCAUGGUUACAGAUGAUGAUGAUAAGGGUCAAUUAAAAAGUUGGGACAUCUCCAUGUUGUUGCAUCAAGUGACCAUGGAUGGACACACAAACACCUUACAGUAACGCUUACACACACACAAAGAUGCGACUUUUCCACACACUCCCUUGGCGUCCCGCUGGGCCCGCCCCCCGGCUGGCUGACGCCCAUAAAAAGCGGUUCGCAGCCCCCGUUGCGGGACACAUCCUGAAGGCCGUGGGACACUUCCUCUUUGAUCAGGCAGACCACCAGCACCAGCAGCCCCCCUCCCUCACCGAAGACAGCUGAGACAGGAUGUCCAUCACAAAGAUCCACGCUCGGGAGAUUCUCGACUCCAGGGGAAACCCAACCGUGGAAGUGGACCUGUGGACCGCCAAAGGUCACUUCCGGGCGGCCGUCCCCAGCGGCGCCUCCACCGGGGUCCACGAGGCUCUGGAGCUGCGAGAUGGUGACAAGAGCCGCUACCUGGGCAAAGGGACCUUGAAGGCGGUGGAGCACGUCAACAAGGACAUCGCCCCCAAGCUCAUUGCCAAGAACCUCAGCGUCGUCGAGCAGGAGAAGAUUGACAACUUCAUGCUGGAAUUGGACGGCACUGAAAACAAAUCAAAGUUCGGCGCCAACGCCAUUCUGGGAGUGUCGCUGGCCGUGUGCAAGGCGGGCGCGGCUGAGAAGGGCGUCCCCCUUUACCGCCACAUCGCCGACCUGGCCGGACACAAGGAUGUCAUCCUUCCCGUUCCCGCGUUCAACGUGAUCAACGGGGGCAGUCACGCCGGGAACAAGCUGGCCAUGCAGGAGUUUAUGAUCCUGCCCGUGGGCGCCUCUAACUUCCACGAGGCCAUGAGGAUCGGCGCCGAGGUCUACCACAACCUGAAGAACGUCAUCAAGGCCAAGUACGGCAAGGAUGCCACCAACGUGGGCGACGAGGGAGGCUUCGCUCCCAACAUCCUGGAGAACAACGAAGCUCUGGAGCUGUUGAAGACGGCCAUCGAGAAGGCCGGCUACCCGGACAAGAUUAUCAUUGGCAUGGACGUGGCGGCGUCAGAGUUCUUCCGGGCCGGGAAAUACGACCUGGACUUCAAGUCGCCCGAUGACCCUUCUAGGCACAUCAGCGGCGAGAAGCUCGGGGACUUGUACCGCAGCUUCAUCAAGAACUACCCCGUCCAGUCCAUCGAGGACCCGUUUGACCAGGACGACUGGGAGCAUUGGGCCAAGUUCACGUCCUCCGUGGACAUCCAGAUUGUAGGGGACGACCUGACCGUGACCAAUCCCAAGAGGAUCCAACAAGCGGUGGACAAGAAGGCCUGCAACUGCCUGCUGCUCAAAGUCAACCAGAUCGGCUCCGUCACCGAGUCCAUUCGCGCGUGUAAGCUGGCUCAGAACAGCGGCUGGGGUGUGAUGGUCAGCCACCGUUCAGGAGAGACUGAGGACACGUUCAUCUCAGAUUUGGUGGUCGGACUCUGCACCGGACAGAUCAAGACUGGCGCCCCCUGCAGGUCCGAGCGUUUGGCCAAAUACAAUCAACUGAUGAGGAUCGAGGAGGAGCUGGGCGACAAGGCCACGUUCGCUGGCAAGGACUUCCGCCACCCCAAGAUCCACUGAGGCCCUGGCUAUUGUUUUCUACAGAAGACAAAACAACAAUAAAAAUAAUAAAAAC